GGAUCAAUCAACUGUUUACCAGUAUCGGUAUUCUCAAGUGGCUACUUCGCCGAUUACACCUUGUCCUCUUUACGCAUCGGGGGAUGCUUCCGAUAUCCACGAGUCGUGUCGAUUGUUCGAGGGUAACCUGGUGGUUACUACGUUCCUGAUUAGAGACUGGAAGUCGAAGGUUGAAACAUAUAGCGAAGUUGAUAACAACGGCACACACAAUCAUGCAUGCACAAGCAGUACAUAAAUGGCGCAAGGAAUUCUCGAGACGACGUACGAGCCGGAAGUCGAGGAGGAAGCGAGGAGAAAGCGCGAACAUCGAGUGGUUCAGGAGGGCACGGCGUUGUGGAGGCGACGGAAGGAGGAGCUGCAACGUCAAAAGCACCGUGAACAACGUGAACUUCAGGAAAUUCUGGCCAGUUACUCGCCGUGGGGGAAACCGGGCGGCGGCGCGCCCUGCGCGGCCACUUUAAGGAAGAAAAACGUACCUCUGGAGCCGCCCGAGCCGUCGAGGUGUCACAGUUUCGGUCAGGGUUGGACGAGUAACUCGAUGAUCGACAGACUAUACAAGAGGAACAUAGACCCGCUAGCUGUUGCGGACAUGAAUAAAUUCUACGAUGACAGGGCAACGUCAGGUAUCGCAUCGGAAACACAACCGUUGCAGGACUCGAGGAAUCUCUACAACGAGGAGAUUCAAGUGUACGAGCUAACAGGCGGUGUCGAAUUAGUACCUUUGUUAACUAGCAGACGCUAUCAGUCGCAUCCACAGACUACGCGCUAUCUUGCGACGGAUGCCACUCGUCCGGGAUAUACGAUAGAAUCGCUGCGCGCGCUCGACGUCGGCAAUCGAGAAUACAUCUCGGAUCUCGCCGAGCAGAUACGACGUAAACGGGACAGAGCGCUGGAGGAACGACGGAUCGAACAGGAGAGUUGUCGCAAGCACUUCGAUACUUGGAAAAGGCUGUGGGGUAGACCGGGCCACGGCGCUCCUAUAGAUCACGCGCAACGGAACAAUCUCUACAACAUCCUCCAUCGCUCGGCUAUCUAUUGAAUUUUCCCGUAAAGCGCUUCGCCUACCAGCAAGCGUAAAAGCGGAAGAGACCUCGCCUCUGUAAUGCUGUGUUUUUUUAUGUCGCUACACGGGAUGAAUAAGGAGAUGGCUAUUAGAUAUCGGUGAUGCAACACGAGAUUGGUAGUAUCAUUUCCGCAGGAAAUAAUAUAUAGGCACGAUAUAUAAAUAACUCUCCGUUUCUCUUUGAGAUAAUUGUGAGUGACAUAAUGAUGUCUCAUUUCUCUUAUUAUUUGUUUUCGCUUGUUUUCGAAGUUGAAUUAUGUUAAUCAAGAUCUGCAACGAUGCCAUUCAGACAUAGAUGAAAGAAUUUGAUCCAAUUAUUUUGACAAGCUUUUAAUAAGAAUAAGUGUAAUUUGUAUCACUCUUUUUGUCCUACUCUUUUUAUCACUCACUAAAACAAGCUGCUCGUAUGCGGAAAUUAUGUAUUAUAAAAUAAGAAAUAUGCUUUGAAGUCGAAUGAAAAAUAUGACGCCUAAAAAUUCACGAUAUUUAUGAAAUUGAAAUUGUUUUUCAAUGUUACUGAUAUUCAAUAGCAGACGAUGCUAAGCGAUUAAAAUCAAAUCUUGCAAAACAAAAAGGAAGCAGCAAAAAAUUGUAUAAGAGGCAGUAGAGAAUUGGAACAAAAAUGUGUUAGCGUCGGCGUCCUUUGUUUCUUAUGAACCCACUUGACAUGAAAAAGCGAAGAGUAUAUCGGAUAACCUAUUAAAUUUCAUGAAAGCCUUGCAAGAGAGUGAAGGGCAGCUUGAUAAACCAGGACCAUGAGUGACGCCGCGAUUGACCAGACCUCAAAGGAGCAAUCUCGUGAGAAUCUAGUUGCCAUAACGGGUCGAUAGAUUUUAAAUUUCAUGAACAUCAAGGAACUAUCAUUUGAGUAUAUGUAUGUGUAAGUGCAUGUAACGUACGGCGCCGUGAAAAGAAACGUUUCUGAUGAAUCAUUGCAUUACUGAAAUUUAGAUACGUUGCUUCAUUCUUAUAUUUAUGGAAAAAAGUAUCUCUAAAACACGAGAAAUAAUUUAAAAUUUCGAGAUUUUAGAGAUAAGUGAAGAAUA